AUCGUGGUAAACGGCAACGUUGGACUGUCUGUUGUUUAGCUGCUCCUUCUUCUACCGUUUUCUGUCAUUCGAGUUAUUCAUGGAAUUCAUAGUGUUCGAACAAAAAAUAUCGUCUAAAUACUCUUAACUGCUUUGCUAAUUACUGGUAUCUGGGAUUGUUAACGGCACGAAACAUUAUUAGGAUCUAUUAUGGAAGACGAGGAGUAUAAGAAAUUGUCCGUUGAAGAGCGGUGCGUGCACAAGCUCUGGAAAGCUAGAGUGAGCGCCUAUGAAGAACUGGUGAAGCUAUUCAGGCAACUGGACGACGAAAAGUCUCCAGAAUUCGGCAAGUACUUGGGUCUGGUCAAGAAGUUUGUGACUGACAGCAAUGCCAUGGGUCAGGAAAAGGGGCUGGAAGCAACUUUGGCUUAUGUGGAAAAUUACGUACACGCCGGGAAAACAGUAUCAGAAGUCAUGUCUGGCAUUGUCCUGAAAUGUCUCGCAGCUCCAAGAACCAAAACUCGCGAGUUGGCCCUGCAAGUGUCUUUGAUGUUCGUGGAAAUUGAAAAAUUUGAUGCUGUUCAAGAAGAAUUGCUUAAAGGGACCGAACAAAAGAAUCCAAAAAUUGUAGCUGCGUGUAUCCAAACCCUAACUACUGCAUUACGGGAGUUUGGAAUAAAAGUAAUCGGCCCUAAACCGAUGGUUAAGCGAAUAGGGGUUUUAUUUUCUGGCAGAGAUAAAGCUGUGAGGGAUGAAGCUCGCGCCAUGGUCAUUGAAAUGUACAAGUGGAUGGGACCCGGCUUGAAGAACCAUUUAGCUCAGGCAAACUUGCAGCCGGUACAAAUGGCAGAACUUGUGGCGGAAUUUGCCAAAGUAGAAGGCCAAAAAGGAUCGCCCACCAGAUACAUCAGAUCGCAGCAGCAAAAACAGGCGAAACUAGCGGCAGAGGCGGAAGAUAUCAAUGACGAUGAAGAGGAAGAAACUCCCGAUGAGGGAGCAGAAGAUAUUGAUCCGUAUGAGUUAGCAAGUCCAGUCGAUAUUUUGUCAAAAUUACCCAAAGAUUUCUAUGAAAAAAUUGAAGCGAAGAAGUGGCAAGAGAGAAAAGAGUCAUUGGAUGCUGUUGAAAACUUGCUAAAGAAUCCCAAAUUGGAAGCAGGAGAUUAUGGGGACUUGGUCAGAGCGCUCAAAAAGGUUAUUCAAAAGGAUUCCAAUGUGGUAUGUGUUGCUUUGGCUGGGAAAUGCAUCGCAGGCCUGGCUACUGGGUUGAAAAAGCGUUUCCAGACUUAUUCUGGUACUUUAGUUUUACCUCUACUGGAGAAAUUUAAGGAGAAAAAGCAGAACGUUCUUACUGCUAUUAGAGAGGCUAUUGAUGCUAUUUAUCUGUCAACCAGCUUAGAGGCAAUAUUAGAUGACGUUUUAGAAGCGCUUGGCAAUAAAAAUCCUACAGUCAAAUCCGAAGUAGCCCUAUUUCUGGCCAGAGCAUUCACAAAGACCCAGCCGGUAGCUGUGAAUAAAAAGUUGCUGAAGUCUGUUACAACCGCCCUAACGAAGAAUAUUAAUGAAUCAGAUCCAGCCGUUAGGGAAUCGUCCGCAGAUGCUUUGGGCACAUUAAUGAAAUUGGUUGGAGAAAAGGCAAUCGGACCAUUUUUAGUAGAAUUAGAAAAAGAUAAACUUAAAAUGGACAAGAUCAAAGAGUUCUGUGAAAAGGCUGAAAUAACAAUCAAAGUACCCGCUGCUAAAAAAGCUAAAUCAACCUCAUCUAUCGUUCCGCAAGAACAGACUGUACCAAAAAUUGUAAAGAAAGUAGUACCAGGAAAAACAGGACCGGCAAAGAAGAAACCUUCAGCAACUACCAUUUCUUCGGGAUCUGCGACCGUUGUCAGGUCAAAAGGGGCAAAAAGUGCUUCAGUUAAACCAGUUUUAAAAAUAGAAAAGGAAUUGGAAGACGGCGAGGUUGAAAGUAUUAUUGCAGACAUAUUAGCUGAGAAUGUGAUUAUGGAGUUGUCGAAUCCGAUGUGGAAAACCAGGCUGAAUGCCGUCGAAGAGAUUUUGACCAAAAUUCAGUCUAUGGAAAAUAAAUCUAUUCCAUCGCAAGCUUUUGUGAAGACGCUGAUGAAAAAGCCUGGUCUCAAGGACACUAACUUUCAAGUGAUACGUAAGAAACUUGAAAUAAUUAAGUACCUUGCUGAAAAUAGUAUAUUUUCCACAACAACAGUUGACUGUUGUGUUGGAGAUAUAUCGGAAAAAUUCGGAGAUGCAAAAAAUGGUAGUAUAGUUGCAGAUACAUUAACUGCUAUGGCGGAAGCAACCAGUUUGGGUCACGUUUCAAGCACAAUGCUGAGCGCCAUAUUUGCACAAAAAAGUCCUAAGAUUCAACAAGAAGGUUUGACUUGGCUGACAACAGCUUUGAAGGAAUUUGGAAUCGCGAGUGUAGAUGUGAAGGCGCUUAUCGAUUCUUGCAAAAUCGCUCUCAGCUCUGCUAAUUCAGGUGUAAGACAGUCGGCCAUACUUCUUUUGGGAACCAUGUAUUUGUAUAUGGGAAUUAAUUUACACAUGUUUUUCGAGAACGAGAAGGCGGCAUUGCGCGAUCAAAUUCACGCUGAAUUUGACAAGUAUGAGGGUGUUACUGCACCUGCUCCUAUUCGAGGCAAGAAAGUUGUAGCAAAAUCAGCCAGUUCCGACAGUUUGGACGAAAUUGGUCAUGAAGCCGUUGGUCAGAACGAGCCAGUCAUUAAUGUUCGGGACUUACUCCCGCGGGUGAACAUAAGUGGCCAGAUAACUGAGGCGUUGUUAAAUGAAAUGAGUGGCAAAGCCUGGCAGGAAAGGAUGGAGGCUUUGACUAAAUUGAAUAAUAUUAUUCAAGAAGCCAAAUUUAUAAAGCCUAAUUUAGGCGAUCUGCCACAGCCUCUGGCAGCAAGGUUAACGGACAGCAACGUUAAAAUAGCCCAGACGGCUUUAAAUAUUUGCCAAAGCAUUACCAAAUCCAUGGGGUCAUCCUCAAAGCAGUAUAUCAGAAUAUGGUUUUCAGGGUUUAUUCAGAAUUUAGGAGACAGCAAGGCGUGGAUGAGAACAGCAGCCCGAGAAACAAUAAACGCAUUUUCCGAGCAAUGCGGUUAUAAAGAAUUCUUUGAAGGAGAAAUUAUUUCAGACGCUCUUAAAUCGGGCUCGCCAACCCUGAGGUCGGAAUUGUGGAACUGGUUGGCUGAAGUUUUACCAAACGUGCCCCUAAAAUCCAUUUCRAAGGAAGAGCUGGUGCUAUGCCUACCGUAUUUGUACACUAAUUUGGAAGACAGAAAUGCGGAUGUCAGGAAAAGUGCCGGAGAAGCAGUUUUAGGAAUUAUGAUACACACAGGCUUUGAAUCGAUGCACAAGCAAACCGAAAAACUGAAGCCUGGUUCCAAGUCCAUCGUUAUAACUGCAUUAGAAAAAGCCAGGGCCUACUUGCCUGAAAAGCCGUUACCGAAAAAAGCACAAGUUAUUGAGAAGAAAACUGUGAAGGGCAACACACUUGUGGCAACCAAGCAAAAUGCCGUAAAACCUAAGGGAAGUUCUAGUCCCGCAAAACGCAAUGUGUCCCCGACUGGCCGAAAAAAGGAUGAUGAUAAUGAUACAUCCCCACUUUUGGUUGUCAACAACCUGAAACACCAAAGAACUAUCGACGAAUCGAAACUCAAGGUUCUUAAAUGGAAUUUUACACAGCCAAGAGACGAGUUCAUUGAUUUGCUGAAAGAUCAAAUGACCGCUGCGAAUGUUAAUAAAACAUUAAUGUUUAAUAUGUUUCACGCUGAUUUCAGAUUUCACAUUAAAGCAAUCGAAGCUUUGAUGGAAGAUCUUCCAGAUCAUAGCGAGGCAUUGAUUUCGAAUUUGGACUUGAUUUUGAAGUGGCUGACUCUCAGAUUUUUUGACACUAAUCCUUCGGUGUUGCUUAAAGGUCUUGAAUAUCUACACGCAAUUUUUAAUAUGCUGUCGGAGAACCAGUAUCGGAUGUUGGAAAACGAAGGCUCUAGCUUUAUGCCUUACUUGGUACUAAAGGUUCGAUGAUUGAGCGCUAUGGGGUGACCGUUUGUCAACCGAGUCCUGCUAUCUGCCUUAAAGAAGUGGCAAAACAGAUAUCCGACAGGGACAAUUCUGUGAGAAAUGCCGCUUUGAAUUGUGUGGUUCAAGUGUUCAACAUCGUCGGCGAGAAGGUGUAUAAAAUGGUUGGAAAUAUAUCCGAUAAAGACAUGUCAUUACUAGAGGAGCGAAUUAAGAGAACGAGCCGAAAAACGGUGAUACUUAAAAGUGAGGUUAAUCCCAGUGUGCCAGAAGUGCCACUACCUACAAAAAAAGUGUGCAGUCGCAAUGACACUACGGUUUUUAAAAGUGAUGAGGAUCAAGAUGUCGAAGAGGAACCCCUCUCUGUCCCGGUGCCCACGCUUCCUUCAGCUGUUCCUUUUGAACAGCCGAAGAAGGAAAUUCAAGGACCGUUUAAACUGGAAUCCGAGAUUAUGAAUGAUUUGGACAAGAUUACUCCGUAUUACGAGCGAAUUCCCACUGUGGAAGUUGAUUACGGUUUUCUGAGCGAAGAACUCAAAAUGCCAUCUUUCUUCGAUAACAAAGUCAAGAUUAUGCCAUUGUCUCCUCCAAAACCGGUGACUACCAGAGUAAGCAAUAGUCCAAAUGGGUCCGGCUCCGAUCCGGACCUUAGCAGAUCAAUAAAACUCAUCGCAUCGCAGAACUUAGUUCUUGGCCUGCAAGGUGUGGAGCAAUGCCUGGAAUAUAUGAACAAUCCGCUUAAAGUUCAAGUCUUUCCAGAACACGAAAAUGAAUUUUUUGAGGCGAUCACAUCAUUGUUACAGUAUCUCCGUACAUUAGAUCCGCUUACAAAUCCCACUGCUGCAAAGAUUUACAGGAAUGUUUUCCGAAAUAUUGAUGCGUUCUGUUCAAAGCCCCAACUUGGUGCAAACCUCCGGGUCGAAUCAAUCAAGCAAAUUAUGAACGAAUUACUGACAUUACUUGUUGAGGAAAAGCUGGAUAAAUGCGGAGGUGCUUACUUUAGAGUCAUCAACAGUAAUUGUGCUAAGAUCAUUGAGCUUUCUGCGCACACAAAUGUAAUAUGUGCUUUGAUUCAACUAAUGAUCGAAAAGGUUGGUAGUGAAAACUCCUCCGAAAGACACGUAGACUUGGUUAUGAAAUGUCUGUGGAAAGUGAUCAGACUGAUGCCCACUUGGGGUGACGCUGUCGAUUACGAAAGAGUAUUAUUGGAUGUCCAUAAUUUCCUGGUGAAGUUUCCUCCAUCGUGGUGGAGUUCGCGGCCCAUGGAUACUCCGUUAAAAACCAUAAAAACUAUUUUGCAUUCCAUUGUAAAAUGUAAAGGUGCCAGUUCUAUGCAGUUGCUGCGGAAGAUACCCAAUCCAGCCGAAUCUGAUAUAGAAUCUUAUAUGCAGCGACUAUUAAAGAGUUUUAAAAUUGCACAAGCUCAAGACGUUCCUCUGCAAUCCCAAAAAAAUUCACUGUCACGAGCAAAUCACAACAUGUUGACAGACAUUUUCCAGAAGAUUGGAAACAAAGAGAAUACCAAGGAUGGACUGAACCUGUUAUACGACUUCAUACAGCAGCAUCCCGAAGCAGACAUCGAGCCGUUCCUGAGCAAAUCUAGCAAGUUUUUCCAAGAAUAUAUUCAGACCGGCCUGAAAGAAAUUGAUAGUAUAAGACGCAUUGCUAAGCAUAGUAAUAGUGGAGAACCCAACAGUGAUGAAGAAAUUGAUCCUGAGAAAACCCCGGAGUACUUCGAAGAAAGACUGAAAACUUGGCGUUUCAUUUGGGAUGAGCUGAUGGCAGGCCGAACAGUUGAUGACGCUUUGUGGCCCUUGGACCCAAACAAUCCAUAAACUCUAAAGUACACCUGAAGGUAUUUAAUGUGUAAAAGAAACUGGUACCUACCAUUAAAUAUUAAUAAUGAUAAUUAUUAAGUUUACUUUUUGAUACUUUUCAACUUACACGAACUUAAUGUCUAAUUUUUGUUAUCUCGUAGCAAGGUAGUCGCAAUUCAGGAAAACGGCUAGUAAAUGGAAGUAACUAAUGAAUUAGGAUUAUUUAUAUAAUAUUAGAGUUAGGAAUUGUAAACCAUUUACCAUGAUUGAUGGCCAUAAUCGUAUUUACUGUUUGUAAAAUAUUGGUUUUAUUUAUUUAGCUGCAUUUAAAAUUGUAAUAAAGGUAAAUCAAAGAGAACUUUUGUUAGUGAUGUAGUUUGUCGUUGUGAACAUUUUACCGUUAAUUAAAUAAAAAUUCCAUACAUGAAUACGUU